GGUGAUGCUGGGUGCUGUUGGGUGCUGUUGGGCGCCGCUCCGCUCCGCUCCUCUCCCACCGAGAACCACAACAACAACAACAACACGACCCGGGCUUGUCUUCCACCGCGAUGCCCCCGUCUCCCCACGCCGCGCGAUGAGCUAGUUCCCCCGGGGGCCGCAGUGAAGAUGGGAGUGUGCAGUGUCCCUGUGCUUCUGCUCCUGCUGCAAGUCUUGCACAUAUCAGCUGAGGACACAGAUGGUCCACUGGUGUGUGCGUGUGACCGGUGCCAGGGGGCGCUGGAGUGCCGGGGCGCCCGUUGCUUCUCCUCGGUCAAACUGGAGGGCGGCGCUGCUCUGUUCGAACGAGGCUGCCUAAAGAACGACCAGCAGACCCUCCUCCAGUGCUCCACCUCCCCCUCCCUCAACAAGGCCAUCCUCUGCUGCGCCCAGGACCUGUGCAACGGCAACAGCACCCGCCGAGCGCUCAUGGCCCUGCUGCCAUCAGCUCCAGAGGGCGAGCCGGUGCCCUAUCGCGUGGAGACUCUGGCCCUGUUCAUCCUGGCCCCUGUGCUGGUCCUGGUGCUGCUGUCUGUAGUGUCCGUGCUGGCCUGCAGGAGGCUCCACCACGGCAGACUGCAGAGGCUACAGGAGUUUGACACCGAGCAGGGCACCAUCGAUGGACUCAUCUCCUCCAACGUGGGCGACAGCACUCUGGCGGAUUUGUUGGAUCACUCUUGCACUUCAGGGAGCGGCUCUGGUCUCCCCUUCCUCGUCCAGAGAACUGUGGCCAGGCAGAUCAGUCUGGUGGAGUGUGUGGGAAAAGGGCGGUAUGGGGAGGUGUGGAGGGGCCAGUGGCAGGGCGAGAACGUGGCGGUGAAGAUCUUCUCGUCCCGGGAUGAGAAGUCCUGGUUCAGAGAGACGGAGAUCUACAACACGGUGCUGCUCCGGCACGACAACAUCCUGGGCUUCAUGGCGUCGGAUAUGACCUCUCGGAACUCCAGCACGCAGCUGUGGCUCAUCACUUACCAUGAGAACGGCUCGCUCUACGACUACUUGCAGCGCGUUGCCGUGGAGACGUCGGAGGGGCUGGCCAUGGCGGCGUCCGUGGCCAGCGGGUUGGUGCACCUGCACACGGAGAUCUUUGGCACGGAGGGCAAACCGGCCAUCGCCCACCGAGAUCUGAAGAGCAAGAACAUACUGGUGACCAAGGACCUGCGCUGCUGCAUCGCCGACCUGGGUCUGGCAGUGACCCACUCGCAGGCCGACAACCUCUUGGACGUGGGCAACAACCCGAAGGUGGGCACCAAGCGCUACAUGGCCCCGGAGGUCCUGGACGAGAGCAUCCAGACGGACUGCUUCGACGCCUACAAGAGGGUGGACAUCUGGGCGUUCGGGCUGGUGCUGUGGGAGAUCGCCCGCCGCACCUACAGCAACGGCAUCGUAGAGGAGUACAAGCCUCCGUUCUACGACCAGGUGCCAAACGACCCGAGCUUCGAGGACAUGAGGAAGGUGGUGUGUGUGGAGCAGCAGAGGCCAUUCAUCCCCAACCGCUGGUUCUCAGAUCCAACUCUUUCGGCCUUGGUGAAGCUGAUGAAGGAGUGCUGGUACCAGAACCCGUCGGCGCGCCUCACUGCCCUGCGCAUCAAGAAGACUCUGGACAAGAUCUACAGCUCUUUGGAGAAGGGCAAAGAAUCCUGAAAACCACUCUCCAAUGUGGCUCCUGACAUGGACCUAAAGGAGGACCACUCAUUUUACUGUCCAGGCUUUUUUUGGUACCUUCCACCACCUCGGCUCUCUUCCCUUGUCUUAAAUACAGACCACUCCAUGUUCUUCUCGAAACUUGACGCCUAUUACGGACUGCCUUAGACCCUGGAACGGUUGUGGUUUUCCAAAGUUUGAGAUGGGACUGGCAUUACGCUGAAAGACAAUCAACACAUGCCAAGAAAUGCCACAAUAUCAAAUGUUCACUUAACAAAGGAAAAAGCCAACUUAAACCACCUUAAAGAACACAUAUUAUGCUUUUUUUUUUUGGCUUUUCGUUAGUUCUCUUUUAACAUGUUUUUAUCUGUUGGAGCUCCCUCUGCUGUCAACAAUGAGAAAUUAGCUGUGAACACUAUUUGACAGAAGAAGCUAGAGAUGCACCGAUCCAGUACUGAUAUCGAAUAUCUGUGCCGAUCCUGAAAGAUUUGCUUGAUCGGAAUAUUAGUUCUAAUAUUCUGAUGGGUUUUAUAAUAAAUUGAUGCAUUAAAACUAUUUAGUGGUUAUAGUUGAGCCCC